AGCUGACAGUCUCUCUACCCACCUGGGCUUUUCCUUUGAUGAUGGUGGAGGAAUGCACUGUGAGUCUCUAACCUCAGGUCAUCACGCACAGUGGCCAUUUGGUUUGGAAUUAGCACCUUUUCUGAUAAAAGUCCUUCAUUUGCAUUCUACAAGGCUUCUUUGAUAUCUGAAGUACAUGAUGGCUGUGUCCUGGUCAGACCGAAACAACGUUCUCAUCUAUAGGACUUUCGAAGAGUUUAAGAAAUUCCAUAAAGUACUGAAGAGAAAAUUCCCCAUAGAAGGUGGUUUACUGAAGAAAUCUGACCGGAGCAUUCCAAAGUUUCAAGAUGCAAAACUGAUGCAGAGAAAGAGCAGGAAUGUGAGCAGGUCAAUGGAGAGAUUGAAACUGCUGGAGACUUACUCCCAGGAGCUGCUGAAAGCGGAUGCUAAAGUCUCCCAGAGCGAAGAUGUGAUCCAGUUUUUCAAAGCACAAACCCAAGACCUAGAUCCUUCCUUUCCAAAAAACAGCAUUAUAAUUAUGCCCUCAGAAACGGGAGAUGGAAAGACAGACCAGUCCAAGCAGCAGAACCCCUCUGUUACUCAGCCAGUGGUCUCCCAGAACUACAGCUGCAUUGAAGCCUAUGAAACCAAAGACACAAAGAACAGACCCUUCAAAGUUGCCAAGAAGGAAAUUGUCGAAGUGUUAAUCAAGGAUGUGACUGGGUGGUGGCUGGUGGAGAACAAGGAUCAGCAAAUAGCCUGGUUCCCAGCUCCGUAUCUGGAGGCGAGAGUAACUGGGGAGGAGAGUCUGAAUGCCAGAGAACUGGAUGAGGCGGGGACUCUGUAUUACGCCGUGCGGGCCUACAAGUCUCAGAAGGCCGAUGAGCUCUCUCUGAAUGUCGGGGUAGUUGUGGAGGUGCUAGAGAAAUCUGACAACGGCUGGUGGCUGAUCUGGUACAACGAGCACACUGGCUACAUCCCCUCCAUGUUCCUCCAGCCGUACAAGAACCCGCACAGCAAGUUCCAAACGAUGGUGAACCCUGGCCUCUGCAUCUCCACCCCUAACCUGCUGCAGGCCGCCAGCCCCUCCAACUGGAGUUCCCUCCCCCAGCACAAGACACCGGUGCCCCCCACUCACUCAGCGCAGGAGAUGCCCAUAAAGAACAGGGAUCCUCUGAGCAGAACGAGAUCGAGAUCUCUGAGCGGCCCGCUGACUGGGGCGGAGAGCGCAGCCAGCUCCAGCCUUACGUCUGAGCUAGACAGUCUGUCUGUUAGUUCAGGGAGCGGGAGCGAACACGGCUUCAGCCGGGAUUGGAAGGCGGGCUCAGCAGGGUCUUUGCCUGGCCUCAAGCAGGCCGGGGCUGGCCUCCUGCAAGCGAGCCUAGGUCAAGCCUCGGCCAGUGGAGGCAGCAAAGCUCCUCACCUCACCACCAAGGAUAGGAAUGAUUCUGGCUUUGAGGAGGAGUCUCCAAGCGACUCAGAUUCUUUCCUUCACAGCCCAGACUCUGCUGCCAGCGUCCCCAAGGUGCCGGCGCGACCCGUGGUCCAGGAAAUCCUCCAGAAAUGCAGCACUGUGACCAAGAGAGCCGUGCAAAGGGCUGCCCCCAGGCCUAACCUGCACUCCUCACCUCACCUCCACCCCGGAGGGGAGACGUGUGCAAAGCAGACGGAUGCUCUAGAGCAUGUGUGCCUCAGAUGAGAUUCCGUUAUCGCCCGGAGCUGGAGGGUGGAGACUGCAGUGGCUGAAAUUCCUGACAUUAUCCUUGCUCGGCCAUCUUUUAACUGCCACAAUGGGAAGCUGACUGAGGAAGAUCAACGCUUGUGAUGGUCGUGCUGAGAGGACGGACUCGGCCUUUAACUCCUGGUUGGAAGCUGCUCUGGCUGGUUUGCGUUAAUGCACUAGUCUCGCUGUUCACACGGGAAGAACUGGAGGCUGGAAUGCCGCAGGAUUGUCCCUGCUGGAGAUACUGCACCAGAUCCACAACUGGUGUAAAUGGGGUCAUUCCAUGGACUUCAGUAGAGCUGUUUACACCAGCUGAGGCUUUGGCCCACUAACUGGUUAAGAGGUUAAAUGUUAGAGUUAAAUGAAUCCCAGCCAUCUACCUAAGGAUUGCUUUACCCCAUUACUGAGGCCCAGAGGCUAAAUGACUUGGUCAAGGUCACGCAGAAAAUCAGAGUAGGAAAUUGAACCCUCAGCUUGUAAGUGCCAGGCCAGCAACCAAACCACCAGACCAGCCUUCUUCUAAAAGACUUAUCCUAAAGUGCAGUGUUAGAUCAGUGCAGGCUGGACUCCAUUUGCUUUACCCAUUGUAACCACAUCUCACACACAUCAGCACACGUAUUCUCUUAGGAUCCACUGCAGCAUUAGGCGGUUCAGUCCCCACCCUUGUAAACAAUCCGACACCACUAGAUGAAAUGAUCACAUUUGAUGGGAGGAGAGGGGGUUCUCUAACCCAGACUUCCUUUCGCUUAUUUUGGUAGAGCCAAGUAAAUAAUUCAUAGGAACCAUUUCAAACUGUCCGGUCCUCCGCUCUGUCCCCAAAUUGACCUGCAAGCAGUUUGGAAUGUUGUUGGAUAAUGGGGUCAAAGUGGAGGUUUGGAAGUGGUUUACAAGGCAUAUAUUUUGCAGUUCUCCCCAUUUCACAAACUGAAGAUGGCUCACAGCUGCCUGCAGAAUUCUAACAACAGCGUUUAAGCCAAUCCCUGUGCUGAGAGUCCCUGUUCGGUGAUCCAUUUCAGCUCAAAAUCUGCAGUGGAGUUAGAAGAAUGGAAGGGGCAUAAACUGGAAUGCACCAUUAGGAUGUUAAAACGGGCAAAGGAACCUGGCUGGCAGGGCGUAACACAUGCAGAGUUGUAGCUGAGUAACAGAUACAGGCAGCUGCCAGCAGAGGGCCCUUACAAGAAGAAAAGGGGGUUAAUGCACAGUAACUCAGAUUAAAGGUCUCUUGCUGCAGGUUACACUAUAGAUAAUAUGGUGCUUGGAUUUUAAGUACUAGUGAUGAGUGCUUUGCAAUAGCUAAGCCACUGGUUAAACGGAGAACCCGAUUCGAUUUAAACAGGGGACUCCAUUCAGCCCAGCCGGCCCUCCUGUUUUAUCCUGCAGGUGAGUACCGAUUUAGUAUCAUGAUCAUUGCCAGAGCAGCAGAUCAACGUAUCAGAGAUGCAGCAGAUACAGAGAGAGAGAGAGAGAGAGAGAGAGAGACAGACUGCUGCUGAUUUCUCCUGGAAGCUGUUACAAGUGGAGAGUAAAGUGAAACUGGUGCCCAGCUUGUCAUGGCAGAGUUUCAGGAUCUUGAGCCUGGGCUCUGCAGAAACCAGGAGCCAUCAGCUGUGCUUCUCCUCCUAAUUAAUUAGCUUGCAAAACAGUUUGAGGAUGUAAAAAGCUAUACAAUAAGCGCUGAGCAACAGUAUUAGUUCAGUCAGCACAGGUCUGAAGACCAAGAUUCUGAUGAAAAUACUCCUGUAGGGACAGGGAGCUUUCCUUCAACAGCUCUGCAUUUCACUGAUGAUUUCUGAUCUGUAGAUUUCUUUUCAUAACAUCAUUUGCAUUUUCAACCAGCCCUGGGCUUAUUGAAUGCAAACAAACUAGGUUAGAACAACAUUGCAGGGCUGCAAGAAACUGAUCAGAGCAAGAUCACAGGUGUAAUUCUAUCCCUCUCUAUAAGCCCAUUGCUAUCAGCCCAGCUGUAAGCAGUAGAGCCGAGAUGCUGGCAUAGUGGGGUGAAUAAAUGACUGGAGAAGUAGUCUUAAGGAUAAUUAGCCCUAACGGCGUAUUUUGAUACAUGGCACUGCUCUUUCUCUAGUAACAACAUUUUAAGGCCCUGAUUCAGCAAACCACUUUAGGCACAUGCAUGUUUACACCUUGUAAACAGCAAAGAUUAUACCUAUUCAAGGAGUUACCACCCCAGAGACUUUUCCUUUCAGUAUUGCCAUCAUGCAGCUAGUCACAGGAUCUGGGCAGAAGAUACAACCUAAGCCGAGCAGCUGUUCCAUCAGGCAUCCAGCGGCCUCCCGGAGUUACAGAUGCAUUACAGCCUCUGAAACCAGACACAAACAGAUCCUUUCAAGUUAACAAGGCUCCAGUCCCUAGUGGAUUAAUCAGGGCCACAAAAGGCAUGUUUUCCAUGUGUUGUCAUUUGGAGCUUAAGAUAUGAAAUAAAAGAUUUGCCACA